AUGGGAAAAUCCAAGAGAAAGUCUGUGGUAAUUAAUAAUGGGAACGAUAAUGGUGGUUGUGCUCCCGGUCGUUCAGAUAGUAGAACCAGAAGGGUUACGAGCCUACGAACAUCCACUUGGCCCUCAACAAGUCCUUAUAAUAUCAGCUCUACCAAUUCUGGUCGUAAAAAGCAGAUACCAGCUGAAGAUGGGAAACAAAAAGAGGCUGAAGGAGCAACCAAUAAAGAAGGCUCUGGCGAUGGAUUGUCAGGUCACGAUGACUCAUUAUUAGGUAAUCAAAUUAAUAUUGAUCCUUGCUCGUUGCCAAUGCCUAUGACAACUGUGUCUAAUAAUUUUUGUUAUGGGCAAACAGAUUGUCAGCAACCUAUGGUUUCAGACUUGGGCACUAGUAAUCCAAUCUCCCCCUAUCAUCAUUCAUCUUUGGAAAGUGUUCAUUAUAUGAUUGGUGCAUAUGUUCCUCAGCCAAUAAAAGAGAAAAUUAUUCGUGGUGAAUACCUUGAGCAAUCCACAUUAUUGAAAUCAAAUGACUCCAAUGCUAGGGUUUUUAGUAUCUCUCCUGAGGGUCAACUCAUUGCAAAAAAAACAAAAUGUGACAAAAUUAAUUACAAUUGA